AUAAAUAGUCGUCGGGGUUGGAGCACUGCGGAUGUGUGGAAAGGGUAAGCCGCUCCGUCGAAGCAGAUAGAAAGGCGGCGGCGAUUAGGCUUCGGGGAACUCUACCUCUCUGCCUGCGCGUCGUGUCUAUCCUUGAGCUCAAAUUAAGAUGGAGGAUACCUUCCUUUUCACCUCUGAAUCUGUCAACGAGGGACACCCUGACAAGCUCUGCGAUCAGAUUUCGGAUGCGGUUCUCGACGCUUGCCUCGAGCAGGAUCCUGACAGCAAGGUUGCAUGUGAGACCUGCUCGAAGACCAACAUGGUGAUGGUGUUCGGCGAGAUUACAACCAAGGGCAAAAUCGACUAUGAGAAGAUUGUCCGCGACACCUGCCGUUCAAUCGGGUUCACGUCUGAUGAUGUCGGCCUCGAUGCCGAUCACUGUAACGUGCUUAUGUACAUCGAGCAGCAGUCACCUGACAUCGCCCAGGGUGUUCACGGCCACUUCACUAAGCGCCCGGAGGAGAUUGGCGCUGGCGACCAGGGACACAUGUUUGGCUACGCGACUGACGAAACUCCUGAGCUGAUGCCCCUCAGCCAUGUCCUCGCAACCCAGUUGGGUGCUCGCCUCACUGAGGUCCGCAAGAACGGGACUUGUGCUUGGCUGAGGCCAGAUGGUAAGACCCAGGUGACCGUGGAGUAUCGCAAUGAUCACGGUGCCAUGGUUCCAGUCCGCGUCCACACAGUGCUCAUCUCCACCCAACAUGAUGAGACCGUGACCAACGAUGAAAUUGCUGCCGAUCUCAAGGAGCACGUUAUCAAGCCAGUCAUUCCUGAGAAGUAUCUCGAUGAGAAGACCAUCUUUCAUUUGAACCCCUCUGGCCGAUUUGUCAUCGGCGGGCCUCACGGUGACGCUGGACUCACUGGCCGCAAGAUCAUCAUCGACACUUAUGGAGGCUGGGGAGCACAUGGCGGCGGUGCCUUCUCAGGCAAGGACCCUACAAAGGUCGAUCGCAGCGGUGCCUACAUUGCAAGGCAGGCUGCGAAGAGCAUCGUGGCCAAUGGGCUCGCUCGACGUUGCAUAGUGCAGGUUUCUUAUGCCAUUGGCGUCCCUGAGCCCCUCUCUGUGUUUGUGGACACCUAUGGAACAGGGAAGAUUCCUGAUAAGGAGAUACUUCAGAUCGUGAAGGAGAAUUUUGACUUCAGGCCUGGCAUGAUCACCAUUAACCUUGACCUGAAAAGGGGUGGCCACAGGUUCCUCAAGACUGCGGCUUAUGGACAUUUUGGGAGGGACGACCCAGACUUCACCUGGGAGGUUGUCAAGCCGCUCAAGUGGGAUAAGCCAUCUGCGUAGGUUGGAACUUGCCCUAUCCCUGGUGCUAUCCUAUCUAUAAUCGCUCGGAGUGAAACUUAAUUAUCUUUUUCCAUUUGUCUUGUCCUUUUCUUUGCUUAACGCGUGGGUGCGUGCUUGUCCCUAGACAACGACUCCUGGUUUGGGCCCAGAAUUGCAGACAUACAUGUACACUAGCUGUCACUGGUUCAGUGGAAGAAAAAUAUCCUUGAUAUAAAAUCAAGUUUCCUUCAAUUAAAUAAUAUAUGGUAUGUAAAAUCUGUCA